AGCCAGGAGCCAAGAUCCUUGCAAAUCCUUUGCGAGGAUGGCAAAGGGUGUGGGGAUGCUUCCGCAGAGACGUGUGGACGGGGAUACUGAGGCCGAGAGGCAAAGACUUGCUUCUGAGGAAUUGGGAGAAAUAAAUGAACGCACUAAUGUUUGGUAGCACUUGGGAUAAUAAGAAACUCCGAGUCCCCUCAGUACAAUGACUCAAGCAGAAAUUAAACUGUGCUCUUUGUUGUUGCAAGAGCAUUUUGGAGAGAUUGUGGAAAAAAUUGGAGUCCACCUCAUCAGAACUGGCAGCCAGCCACUAAGAGUAAUUGCCCAUGACACAGGAACAUCCCUGGAUCAGGUAAAAAAAGCCCUUUGUGUCCUCAUCCAACAUAACCUGGUGAUAUAUCAAGUACAUAAACGCGGUGUAGUGGAGUAUGAAGCCCAGUGCAGCCGGGUGUUGAGAAUCCUCAGGUACCCCCGCUAUAUCUAUACUGCCAAAACACUGUAUAAUGACACUGGAGAGCUGAUUGUUGAGGAGCUGCUGCUGAAUGGCAAAAUGACAAUGUCAGCUGUCGUGAAGAAAGUGGCAGACCGGCUCACAGAGACUAUGGAGGACGGCAAGACCAUGGACUACGCUGAGGUAGCAAACACAUUUGUGCGACUAGCAGACACACAUUUUGUACAGCGUUGCCCUUUGGUGCCUGCCGCUGAGAAUUCAGACGCUGGGCCACCACCACCUGCCCCCACUCUUGUCAUCAAUGAAAAGGACAUGUACCUGGUUCCUAAACUGAGCUUGAUAGGGAAAGGUAAAAGGAGGAGAUCAUCUGAGGAGGAUGCUACAGGGGAGCCCAAGGCCAAGAGACCAAAACACACCCCAGAUAACAAAGAGCCCAUUCCAGAUGAUGGGAUUUACUGGCAGGCCAACCUUGACAGAUUCCACCAGCACUUCCGAGACCAAGCCAUUGUCAGCGCAGUUGCCAACAGGAUGGACCAGACCAGCAGCGAGAUUGUAAGGACCAUGCUGCGGGUGAGUGAGAUCACCACCCCCUCGAGUGCCCCCUUCACCCAGCCACUGUCUUCCAACGAGAUUGUCAGAUCCCUACCUGUUGGCUACAACAUCUCUAAGCAAGUUCUUGAUCAGUACCUCACUCUUCUGGCAGAUGAUCCACUAGAGUUUGUUGGAAAGUCUGGCGACAGUGGAGGAGGAAUGUAUGUCAUCAACCUCCAUAAGGUUCUAGGAUCCCUCGCCACAGCCACUCUGGAAUCGGUCGUACAGGAGAGAUUUGGGUCUCGCUGUGCCAGAAUAUUCCGUCUAGUUUUGCAAAAGAAACACCUGGAGCAGAAGCAGGUAGAAGACUUUGCAAUGAUUCCAGCAAAGGAGGCAAAGGAUAUGCUUUAUAAGAUGCUCUCAGAAAAUUUCAUAUCGCUCCAGGAAAUUCCCAAAACACCAGAUCACGCCCCAUCCAGGACCUUCUAUUUAUAUACUGUGAACAUCCUGUCAGCUGCCCGAAUGCUGCUGCACAGGUGCUACAAGAGCAUAGCCAACUUGAUAGAAAGGAGGCAAUUUGAAACCAAAGAGAACAAGCGUCUACUAGAAAAGUCUCAGAGGGUAGAAGCCAUCAUUGCAUCUAUGCAGGCUACAGGGGCAGAGGAGGCACAGCUGCAAGAAAUAGAGGAGAUGAUCACAGCCCCCGAACGCCAGCAGCUAGAAACCCUGAAGCGUAAUGUCAACAAGUUGGAUGCCAGUGAGAUCCAGGUGGAUGAAACCAUCUUCCUGCUGGAGUCAUACAUCGAGAGCACCGUGAAGAGAUAGUGACCCAGAAGAAGAGUCUUCCUCAAAAGAUCUGGGAGGACAGGAAGGAAAAAUAAAGGAGGUGCCUGGAUGCAUUCUUUGCAAUGGGAUAAGUUAGAUUCUUGUACGGAGACCCUCUAUCCCUACCAUCUAAAAUA